GCCCUCUCCGGGCCGCGCGGGGCCAGGGUGGCGACGGCGGCGCGGCGGGAGGAGGAGGAAGAAGAAGUAGAAGAGGGCGUCCAUGAAGCCGGCGCGUGCAUGGAGGAGACCAUGAACGGCGACCGGACCGAGAGCGACUGGCAAGGGCUGGUGAACGAGUACCUCGUGUGUAAAAGGAAACUGGAGAGUAAAAAGGAAGCCCUGCUGAUCCUUUCCAAGGAGCUGGACACAUGCCAGCAGGAAAGAGACCAGUACAAACUCAUGGCCAAUCAGCUCCGAGAACGCCAUCAGUCCCUGAAGAAGAAAUACCGCGAGCUGGUUGAUGGAGAUCCAUCACUUCCUCCAGAAAAGAGGAAACAGGCUAAUCUUGCACAACUAUUGCGAGAUUCUCAGGACCGAAAUAAACAUCUGGGAGAAGAAAUUAAAGAACUUCAGCAGAGACUUGGAGAAGUCCAGGGCGACAAUAAGCUCUUGAGAAUGACAAUUGCCAAACAGAGGCUGGGAGACGAAGACAUCGGUGUUCGCCACUUUGCAGCCCAUGAGCGUGAAGACUUGGUUCGGCAGCUGGAAAGAGCUAAGGAACAGAUUGAGUCUUUGGAGCAUGACCUGAAGGCCUCUGUGGAUGAGCUUCAGGAUGUGAAAGAAGAACGGUGUUCCUACCAGGACAAAGUGGAGAGGCUAAACCAGGAGCUAAACCACAUCCUGGGUGGCCAUGAGAACCGCAUCAUUGACGUGGACGCCCUGUGCAUGGAGAACAGGUACCUUCAGGAGAGAUUAAAGCAACUCCAUGAAGAGGUCAACCUCCUGAAAUCUAACAUUGCCAAAUACAAGAAUGCUCUCGAGAGACGGAAGAACUCAAAGGGCCAGGGCAAAUCCAACAGCAGUGCAUUGACUGGGGUCUUGUCUGCAAAGCAAGUUCAGGACUUGCUAUCAGAGGACCAUGGGUGCAGUCUCCCAGCCACUCCGCAGUCCAUUUCUGACCUGAAAUCUCUGGCGACAGCCCUGUUGGAGACAAUCCACGAGAAAAACAUGGUCAUCCAGCACCAGAGGCAAACCAACAAAAUCCUAGGCAACCGGGUGGCUGAACUAGAGAAAAAAUUAAGAACUCUGGAAGUUUCUGGUUUGUGGAGUCUUCCGGGAGGCAAGGAUACCAUACUGUUUACUGAGUCCACUCUUCCCACCAUCCAGAGGUCAAGAUCCCCACUGCUGAAAUUCACUGAGCAGCCCACCAAGAGCACAAUGGAUUCCAAAGGUGGGGAGGUUCAGAAGCAAGAGCCAGAUGAAAGGUGUGCGGCUGCCAAGGUGUUGACAGCAGCAGAGGAUGCUGGGAGGCUCGCAGCCAGCACCGCAGCAAAUCAGAACCCCGGGAACCAGCGCAAGGACUUUCAUCCUUCAUUACCCCAGUUACCUUCUGAGGAAGAAGCAGUAAACAGGCUUGGAAGGGAAAUAAUUAAACUGACAAAGGAACAGGCAGCUGCAGAACUGGAAGGAGACAGAAGACAGGGUCCCGUGGAGGUUCAGCAGAACGACCUGGGACCAUCCUCCCUGGGCCUGACCUCCUCCGAGGCCAGCCAGCCAGUGCCUGGAGAUCCUAUGCCAGAAGAUGGCAAGGCGAUCCCAGAGGGUGGAGGCCCGAGGAGCAGCAGGAAAACAUGA